AUGGAGGCCCUGAAACGCCGGAUGGCCCUCCUGGAGGCCGACCCGCCCGCCGACGUCGCCCCGCGAUGGCGAGCGGAGUCCCGCGAGGAGGACCAUCGGCGGGUCGAGGAUCUUUCCCGUCGGGUCGGGUCCGCGGAGAAGCGAUGCGCGGCCCUCCAGGCGGAGGUCCAGGACCUGGGCGAUCAACUGCAGGAGUCGGCGCAUCUCACCAGCCGCCUCGGCCACGAUUUAACGCGCGCGCUGGAGGGCCUUGUGGAGUCCGGGAAUACCCUCGCGCGGGUCCAAACCGCCACCGAGGCGCGGUUUGCCGAGCUCUCCGCGAAAAUCGCGACCGCCGACCCGGCUCGGAUGGCCCCUGCCGCCGCGAUGGAGGCCGCUUUGCUUCCCUUUUCGACAAAUCUCGAGGCGUUUCUCGCGCAUUGGCAGAGCCGCGUCGGCGAGGAGUUAUUUUCCCAGCAAAAAGCCCUCACUUCGCGCCUGGACGCGUUGGAUGGGCUCAUCCGGCGCGGCGGCGAGGCGGGGGGGAGGACGGGGCCGGCGACAGUGGCUGCCCCCGACACCUCCAACGUUGGGGGCGAGAUGGAAAAGCGGGGAAAGACCCCCGACGGCUAUGCGCUCGCGCUCGAGUCCAUCACGCGGGAGAUUCAAAGCUUGUGGAAGGCCCUUCAGACCCUGCGUUUGCCCGAUUUGGAGCUCUCCGGGAGCGCGAUGACGUCGCCCCACCACGCGGAGGCCCCGCCGUGUUGGUCCAUCGCCACCUUGCCACAUCCUAUCCAAGAUCAUAGCGAGAUUGAAAAGGUGGUGGAGACUUGCGUGCAGGCCAACCUGCUAAAUCUUUCGAGUAAAUUUGGGGCGGAUCUUCGCGAAAGCAUCGAAACACAGUGCGAUCUCAUCAGCCAAACGCACGCAGCGCGAGUGAGGGAUUUGGAAAGUACGGUGGAAAGGGUUCAUCGCGCUUUGGUCUGUCUGAAAGACCGCGUCGACAUCAAAGCUUCCGAGGACGUCGCCAGCGCGAACGACCAUCAGGGACGCCUGGGGACGGUCGAGUCUGCGCUGACGGAUCUUUCGCGUGAUCACCAACAACUCGCGAAGGACCUUUAUUCCCUGCGCGAGAUUCUGCUCAGUUUUCAGAAUGAGCUGGAAGAGGGGAGGCGAAAAUCCCCGAAGGCGACCCCACCUCAACUGGAUGAUCGGACUGCGCGUGAUUUGACGCAUUUAGGGGUGGAUACCCCGCAGUUGGAGGGGGAUGUUCAGCCUUUGGUAUUGACGGGGCUGCCGGUUUUGCCAUCAUCCUCUUCCUCUGUGACCACUGAAGAGGCUUAUUCGCAGAAGGAGGAAGUGCUAUUAGAAUUGCUAGGUCGCGAGGCAACUUUGUUAGAAGAGCGUUUAAAUGCCGCGUUUUGCACUAAGGUACUCCUGGAGGAUAGAUUAGAAGCCCUUCAGAAGUCUCUUGUGAACUUGGUGGCAUCUAAGGUGGAUCGAGAGGCAAUGAACGCAAAAGUAGGUGAACUUCAUCAGCUCAUUACCGAAGAGGUGAAUAUUCAAUUUCGUGAACUUCGAAAUGAUGUUAUGAACAACAUAGCAGAGAAGGUGAGUUUGAAUGAGCUACAGGAAAUCUUAGAAAGAGAUAUUUGUGAAUUUACAUAGAAACAUAACCAUACAACCUUGUCAAUAUCUAUAUAAAUAUAGAUAUUUCGUUAACAGCUUUUUCUCUUAUCAAUUUACAACAUUAAA